AACUGUUAAGACAAUUCAACAAUCUAAUAUCGGGACGUCUUCUACUACAUCGAUGAGUCAAGUUUUCGCUGAAAGGAUUAAAACUGAAGGUGUUCGUGGUUUUUUUAAAGGUGUAGGGGUUUAUGGUUUAGGCAGUAUCUGUGGACGUUUGGUUCAUUUUUCCACUUAUGAUGCAUUAAGAGACAUAGUACACAAAGGAAAAGGUGGUUCUAUUGGGUUAGGUUGGCUAGAAAAUCGCAAUCAUUCAACUAUUAAUGCUUUGUUGGGAACUUUGAGCGCUGUGAUAACUUCAAGUUUUAUGAUCCCUUUUGAUGUAGUUUCUCAACAACUUCAAGUUUCAAGAUCCGCCAUUUUUUCACCUAAUAAUAUUACUCAAAUUAAUAACACUUCUCCUUCUCUUAAAAAAAGAGCGAUCUCUACUGCAACAACUUCUAAUAUUGUUACAUCUCAUAAUUCACCUUUAACUCAUAAUCUCAAUGGCUCAUAUUUACACUCGGUCUCAUUAAAAAACAAUUUUAUCACCCGCCUAAAACCUAAAGAUGUCCCCUUACACCGUUUUCUUUACCGUGGUUGGGCUGCUGGUCUACUCAACACUGUCUCUUUUUUUCCUACAUAUUUUUUCACUUAUACUUAUACCUUAGAAACAUUACAACAAAAUCGACACCGCCUUCCUUUUUUACCCUCUUCUCAUUUUUUUCUUUCUGUGUCAGCUGGUGUCUUGGCUGGGGCUACUGCAACUUUCACUUCUGCACCUUUCGAUGUUGUAAAAACAAAAAUACAGAUCGCGCGUGAGGCUGGACAAAAAGAGCUAAAAUGGUGGAACAUGGCCGCGAGUAUUGUAAAGACUGAAGGUAUGAGAGGUUUAUUUGUUGGAAUGUCUGCUAGGAUGUGGAUUAUUGUUCCAUUGG